UUAAUGUUACGGAAACUGAAGAAAUAUGGUAAACGUUGCGUUUGAAUAAAACUAAAUUAAUAUGUUCGAUUGAUACAAGCGAUCGAUAUUUAUAUUGUUUGGUAAAGAAUUGAAGAAAUUUGUGUCACGAAAAUUUCUCUUCGGAUAAGACUACUAAUAAGGGAGUGGUAUUGUAGUUUGGCGCCGUAUAUAAUUCGCUAAUACUGAGUGAAUUGUGUUACCGAUGCUGUGCGUUCGGUUUUUAAACAAAUCGAUUUGUUUAAUAUCUGUAAACGACACAAAUUUACAAGUGUAACACCAGCCGGAUUUUUUAAUAUUGUGAAGACCGUAACCUCUAUUUAGGUAAUUUGACUACUGCGAUUUUAUAGCGUAAAGGUUGAAUGAGUCAUGGCUUUAAGCUGUGUAAUCAAGGAGUUAUGAGUAUGUGUUCGACGCUUAUCUCCAGAUUCAUUAACAUCAAGUCACCAACUACACGGAUUUCUAUCUAAGGCGAUUCGGUAAAGUGUGGUUGUACCUAUUUCUGAGAUUCAUACUACCAUCGGCUUUCCAUUGGCUGACAGCGAAACGAUCAAUCUGGACUGGAAAAUGGUAACGACACCCUAUAUCAUAAAUGAAAUUUAUGACAUCAUACAGAAGUCAACGGCGUUUGAAUUGACACUGGAAGCCCUGCUGGCGCUUGGUGUGAUAUGGAUAGUGUUCUACAAGCGAGCCAAUGCAAGACGGGAGAAGCCCCUAUCGGUGGAGCAGAGAGCUAAAUUAAUAGAAGAAUGGGUCCCCGAGCCUCUUGUCGGCGAUGUUCCAGCGAAUCAUCCCUCGUUGCAUACGCACGUUGUUUACGGAAGGGUGGGCAAAGUGAUUAACAUCGAUGGGAAACAGUGUCUGAAUUUAGCGUCACACAACUAUCUGGGAUUGCUCGGAGAUAAACAUGUUGAACAGGCAGCUGUUAAGAGCCUACGGAAGUAUGGGGUCGGUUCGUGUGGACCAAGAGGAUUUUACGGCACCGUAGAUGUUCAUUUGGAAUUGGAGGAACGGUUGGCAAAGUUUAUGCAGGUAGAAGAGGCAGUCGUUUACUCAUACGCUUUUUCUACUAUUGCGAGCGCCAUACCGGCCUAUUCUAAGCGAGGUGAUAUAAUCUUUGUUGAUGAAUUUGUUAACUUUGCCAUUCAAAAGGGUUUGGAUGCUUCCCGUAGCAAAAUAGUGUUCUUCAAACACAAUGACGUAACAGAUUUGGAACGUCUUCUGGAAGAGCAAGCGACGGAGGAUAGACGGAAUGUGAAGAAGGCAAUGAAACGGAGACGGUUUCUUGUUGCAGAAGCUAUUUACAUGAACACUGGAGAAUUGUGUCCACUGCCUCAGCUAGUGGAAUUAAGAAAGCGAUACAAACUGCGGAUGUUUCUGGAUGAAAGUAUUUCGUUUGGUGUACUGGGAAAGAAUGGACGAGGUCUGGUCGAACAUUUUAACAUUGACAAAACCGAGGUUGAUCUGCGGUCAGCCGGUUUGGAGUGGGCUGCUGGUACGAUAGGUGGUUUCUGUGCUGGAUCAUCAUUCAUUGUCGAGCAUCAACGGUUAUCUGGUCUGGGGUAUUGCUUUUCCGCUUCACUUCCACCACUGCUAACACAAGCUGCAAUCUGUGCGCUCGAUAAGUUUGAAAGUGAACCAAGUAUUUUUGAUGAGCUGAGGGAGUGCUGUCGAAAGGUUUCUCAAAAGUUACCUUCUCUUGAAGAUUUUACCUUUCGAGGCGAUCUGUUAUCACCAGUGAAGCAUUUGUACCUGAAGAAUGAGACAGAUUUUCGAAAGGAAAAAUUUUUACUGGAUCAAAUUUCCAAAGAGUGUAUUGAUACCGGCUUGGCUGUUAUCACUCCCGAAUAUCUGGACCACAUGGAGAAAAACAACCCGCGGCCUAGCAUUCGGUUGACGGUAAACCGACUUCUGACGGAUGCCGAUAUUGAUGAUGCAUUCCGAAUUCUUCAGCAAGUGGCGAGAAGAGUUCUAGCAACAGCGUAAUUUGUCACGCAAUAUAUUCACAUUCACAAACAGACAUACUGACAAAAUCGUCACAAUACACGAUGUAUUAAAAAAAUGCGAUCAAUACAAUUGUUCAAAUUUUGCGUAUGAAUAGUAUUCCAAAUAUCUGAAUUUUUUUGUGCAACUUUUUACGAGAUGUUAUUUGCAGAGAAAAUCCGGUCAACGAAACCAGGAAAUUUUUCAUAAUGAUUUGACUAGUUUAUGCAUUGAAUCAACAUAAUCCAUCGAACUACUAUCUUUUUUUAUAUAUUCGGAAGAUGCCGUUUUAACUUAAUAUAGAAUAACUGUAAUAGGAAAUUUAUCGCAUAGAAUUAAACGAAAAUAAUUAUAUCGCUUAUCACCUAUUGAAGGUAGUUUUUAGCGUUGAAGAAGAAUGAAACAUGAUUAUUAUUCCUUAAACAUGAAUAAACUUUUACUUAGAAAAGCAGAUUUCGAUUAAUAACUAGUUCGUUGAAUAAUGCUUAGUACCUAUCGUACCAAUCAAUUGAGAGAUAACAGGGAUCAAGCUUAAAGUCGGUCUGUUUUUUGACUGAGCAAACACAAGUAGUCGUUUAGAGAAUUGUUGAGAUGGCACGAUUCAUAAGAACAAUAUAAUAAAUCUAAACUACGCUUUACACAA